UAUUUUGCUUCUCUCGGGCCACGAGACCCCAAGUCCUAAUCGUCUCGGUGCCGUAGUUUUUUAGCUGAUCAACAACAUUCUCAAACCCUAUUCCUUUGUUAUGCAUCAAUCAACCUGAUCCUCUCCGUUUUGACGGAGGAAGAGAGAGCUCCACGGUUUACAUCUUCGUUGGCGAUUUUGCUUGAUAUUCAGAAUACAAAAUGCCGGCCACAGCAGGCAGGGUUCGCAUGCCCGCGAACAAUCGGGUACACAGUAGUGCAGCCCUCCAAACCCAUGGAAUCUGGCAGAGUGCCAUUGGGUAUGAUCCUUAUGCUCCCAACAAGGAUGAAUCAAAGCAGUCAUCCCAUCAGAAGUCAAAUUCUGAACCCGAGGCUGAGAAUGCAUAUGCUAGCUUUCAAGGUCUUCUUGCCCUGGCACGUAUAACUGGUUCCAAUGCUGAUGAAGCUCGUGGGGCCUGCAAGAAGUGUGGCCGUGUUGGCCACCUCACAUUUCAAUGUAGAAACUUUCUUAGUGUAAAUGAAGAUGCAAAAGACAUGGGUCCUGAUGCUGUUCAGGCUUCUGUAGCAUCAGGACUGGAUAAAUUGAAGUCAAACAGAGGAAAGAUGGAGAACAAGGCUGAUGCGGAGAGCUCUGAAGCAAGCUCAGAGGUGGAGGAUGAGACUGAAAGUUCUGAUUCUGAUGUUGAUUCAGAGAUCGAGAGGAUAAUUGCUACGCGGUAUAAGAAAAAGGGUGACAGCAAGCUGAGAUCAUCGACUAAGGGUGGCAGUAAGUUGAGAUCAUCGAGUAAGAAGAAAGAGGCUUCACAGGGAAAUGGGUCAGAUUCUGAAGAUAAGAGAAAGAGAGGUAGAUCGAGAAAAAGGAGGAGCCACAAGAGGAGGAAUGACGAUUCAGAUGAUGAAGAUAAAAGUGAUCGGAAAAGGAAGAAGGACAAGAAGAGGGGAAAUGACUCGUCAGAUACGGAGGAUGAACGUCAUGAUCAUCAUAGAAAGAGCAGAAAGGAGAAGAGGAGGAGGAGGAGUCAUCGUCAUUGUGAUGAUUCAUCUGAGUCUGAAGAGUCUGACAGAAGACGUAAGAGAAAGAGCAGGGGGGCAAGGUCACUUUCCAAUUCUGAUUUCAGUGACUCGGACGAUUUUCGGGUUGGUAGGGGCACAAAGCGGUCUCAGAAGAGGAACAAGGACUAGGAACCUCUAUUGAAGAUGUUUUAUGCAUAUGAGGUGUUCCAAGUCGUGAAGGUGUGAACAACACAAUUGCAAUGAAUCUAAGGUGAUGGCUAUAACGAACUUGUUGACUUUGCAGGUGUUCAAGUUGUGAUGUUAUGAGUUUGGAGUUAUGAUACUAGAGAAUAUUAGUGAAUUAGUACGGGUCAGACUGAAUUAGUGAGUGUUCGAAAUAAAUAAAAAUUGCAUUUAAUUGGAAACUGAGACCUUUUUUUAUAA